AUGACCGAGGAUCCAGCGGUGCUAACAAUGAACCGCUCGGCAGCAGGGAUCGAUACCGCGACCGUGACGGUGGAUAUGGUGGAGGCCGAGAUGAUGGCUCGCGGAAGCGCGCGUACGAUGGUGACAGCUACGACGACCCACGAACACGACGAAGGUACUAAGCUCGACUUGCGGCUAAGCCAUGUUGUGCAAUGGUUUGUCAAAAAGGUUACCUCCCUUUUCUUCGCCCCAGCCUUUUUCGUCAACGAGGGUAAGAUCGACUCUGUUCAGCUCUUGACGUUUCGACUCUACAGCACAGCGCACAGUAUAGGAGGGUAA